GAUAUUCCUCUCCCACCUUCAAUCAAGUGGUCACUUUUGGAUAAUUUUAUUUGAUAUCCACAUCCAAUCCGUUCCAACUUUUUCGUCCUGCCUGCUAUACAAACACCGUCACCGCGAACUUCACAAUAUUGAUAAUUGCAUGCAACUAGAUACAACUAUUCCACGUCCAUCAUACGCUAAUCUACCCACAUGCACGCUGUGCGAUCGGCGAAAUAACAGGCGAAAAGCAGACCUCAUCCAAUUCAUUCCUGUCUCCAAAUAACCGUUUAUAGCCUCCUCCUGACCCCUUCCCCCCGCGCAACAACCAUCUUCCUUUGCCUUCCGGCUGGUCUCGAUUAUACAGCGUGAGUUGUGUAGAAAGCGCUCUACCUGAAGUUCAUUCGGCUGUACAUUCCAGAUAUGAACUCUUCAGUAUUUGUCGCCAAUGGCUUGAGCCAAUAACAUUCAUCACAUAUCAUCACAUAUCAUCUAUCUAUUUACCGCGCGGAUCGUCGCACAUCCAUUAGUGACCGACCCAUCUCUAUCUCCUCAACCUUCCUAUUCCCCCACAUACCAUAUACGAAAAUACCCUGCCAAGACUUCUCAACAAUGUGGAAGCUUCCCACAUCUCGGAGGUUGUGGGCAUUCAUCCUUGUCCUCUCGAUCCUCGUCGUGAUUUUCUGGCAACACAUCUUUUUACUGGCGAGGAUUUUGUCGGUUUAUCCACUUUGGCCAAUUUACUCAUCGAGCCUCUCACUCAGUCUUGACAAGGACGGCUUGGAUACAACAUUUGAAAAGUAUCCGGUCGAACAAUGGAGUGUCAAAUGGCCCCCUCGAUCAGCCAACGGUAGUUGGCCCGCCCCUGAUUCAAGUCUAUUGCGGCUCAGUGACGGAAGUUUGGCAAGAUUACCCGAUGAAACAUACGGCGGUGGUGUCAGCUACUCAGAGCCCGAUGAAUCCGAUUUAGUACCCCCAAUCCUGCACCACAUUCUUCUGGGUAUGGACCGUCGGCGGAUGCCCAAAACAUGGACGGCCAGUCGGAACAGCUGUCUCGCGCUUCAUCCCGAAUCAGCUAAUUACACCCACUACUUUUGGGACGAUAAAUCUGCCGAGGAAUUCAUGCGAAAACAUUACUCAUUCUUCCUGCGCGACUUCCUUGAUUACCGGCACAACAUUCAACGGGCGGACGCGCUGAGAUAUUUCGUCUUGCACCAUUUUGGCGGGAUUUUCUUUGACAUGGAUCUCGAGUGUCGACGUUCCCUCGGGCCACUUCGAAGGUUUGCGGUCGUCAACAUCAAUGCUUCUCCAGUGGGCGUUUCAAACGGGUUCAUGAUGGCACAAGCUCAACACCCUUUCCUGGAACAACUUAUCAAGAAUCUCAAAUAUUACGAUCGUAGCUGGCUAGGGGUCCCCUAUUUUGAUAUUAUGCUAUCAACUGGACCCAUGUUUCUAUCAACAGAGCAUCUCCGUUUCCCUGCCUCUCAGCGUUCCACUCAACUACGGGUUCUCGGUGGACGGCAGCAUCGGCUACACGGAAGCGUCGUCACUCCGCUCUUCCGACACUUGGGUGCAUCUUCAUGGCACCAAGGCGACGCCAAGUUGUUCCUCAAAAUUCGGGCGUUGGUAUAUCAGCCGUUCUUCAGUUUGAUGUUGUUAUGUGGAUUCAUCGGUGGAAGUGUCGGUUGGCUUGUGUGGAAAAAACAAACCACCAAGCAGGGAGUCGAUCGAAGCUGGUCCCAAUCCUCAUCUUCAGCCGGUCGAUUGAUUCUAUGGAGAUUCGGUUUUGGAAGCAGAAGGGGACGUCGGAGGACGGCGGAAGAAUAUGAAAGAAUUGAAAUGGAUUUAGAAUCUCCGACAGGUAUGAUGAACAACAGACGACUAUCACCAAUUCUUGAAGACGACGAAGAUCUUGAAGCAAAAUCAAACUCUGACCUCGAACACAAGCAAUCAAUUCUGAACUUUGGACGCAAACGACCUGCGUACAACACUCUGAAAUCGCCUACGACCCCGAGCGUGUUCAUGAGCGAAACCGAGAACCUGUGUCACAACGCAAGUAGUAGCGGUGGAAGUUGCCCGAGUACGAGUAGUGACUCAGACGACGACGGAUCUUCGGCAGAGGCCGUGGUAGUUCUUAUCGAUCGACAUCCUUCUAAAUGGAGAAGUUCAUAGACGAAAUCCACCCAAAACUCAAUUGUCUAGAUGCAAGAUUUUGCCGAUUAGAGAUGGACGCACCUUCACUCUUCUUGUCGAUCCUACCGGAUAGUUUUUGUUUUAUGCACAACACGUACAUAGCUUUUAAUGAUGUAUAUUUUGAUGUUAAAUAAAAUUUCUUGGCCGAACUCAUUCAGGAUGGUUUUGAAAAUUCCAGCUUAAAUG